AUGACUAUUUGCUCUCCAUAUAUUUAUUCGUGGUGCCUAAAAAAUGAUAAAAAGUACAAAAUUUCAUCCUUGAGAGAUGUCAAAGAAAAAACGUGUUUUGACUAUGUUAUGCUAGCCUUUUUAACCAACGAAACAUAUGAUGAAAUUGAACAAUGGAUUCCAGAGAUAAGACAAUUUCCAGGAAAUGUCAUUCUUUCCAUUGGCGGAGCUGAUGGACACUAUCCUUCAGUUAAAUUGAAUGUGGUUGAGGAAUUCAAAGAAUUAGAUACACUAAUUGCUGCUGCCGGGUUUAAAGGACUUGAUUUGGACAUUGAGGGGAAAGCACUAACUGAUCAAUACAGGUUGCGCAAAUUAUUGGAAAUAAUAAAGAUGAUAUCUAUAAAGUAUGGUCCUAAUUUUUGGAUAUCAAUAACUUUACCCGUAGAAUAUGAAAUAGGAAUAGGUGAUGAUGCAGCAAAGGUUUUAAAGCUUUUCAAUGAUGCAAAAAUUCGUAUAAAAUAUAUCAAUUUAAUGAUCAUGGAUUUUUAUACUGAUUUAGGUCAUUAUAGAACAUGGGAAGAGCACAAUUUUAAGAUAAUACAUGAAUCAAAUGCUAUUUUACAAAAAAUAUUUGGAAAAACAAAAAAAGAUGUGUGGAAAAUGAUGGGAUUAUGCCCAAUGAUUGGCCAAAACGAUGAUGGCAUCAUAUUCACUUUGGAAGAUUGGCGGCAUAUGGUCUCUUUUGCAUUUCGGAUGAAGAUUGGUUUACUUACUUUUUGGGCAUUAAACCGAGACCAGAUAAUACACAAAAAGCCACACCUAUUUGCAAAAUUUAGAACAGAUUUAAACUUUUACUCUUAUGCGCAAGCUUCCGAUUUUGCAUUCACGGAUGAAAUCACAAGAAAGUUAACAGGCCCAUGA